AUGAUAUUUUCAUUCAUGCUGGAAGUUGAUAUUCGAGGACUAAAGUAUCAUUUCCCUUUAACUCGAGAAAAUCCGAAUGAAUUUUAUAUAAACUUUUUACGGAUCCCGCAAUAUGUUGCGUGCAAAAACUUUCGAAUUCAAUCAGAAUUACUGCUGAUGCAGAGUUCAGCUGGACAGUUAAGAGCAAUUUUAUCAAGUACAAUAUCCCCACUCGUCAGUAUUACUUUAAAACUGUUUCUUGCUUUCGCUGAAAAAAGUAAGCUUAUGACGGUAAUUAAUGGGAAGGCCAGGCAUUAUAACGAUCAAUUGAGCCUCAUAGCAAUCAUUGUUGCAGAACUCCAGGAUUCUUCGGAAUUCGGAGUUUUAAGGUUCUGGGUCAGUAAACCUUCGGAAAGUGCGUAUAUUAUCCGAAAAUUUCGAGUAACAAUGGUUUCAAAUGAAUGUAAAUAUGGAGUAAGACGAUUCUGUUACGAAAGCACUCCGGACAAAUUCCUAACUUCUAUCUAUUUCCCUGAUAUUGAUAGUAAACCUCCUACUCCUCUUACCAAAUCAUUAUUUGGAGGAUUGCUGGUAUCAUUUCAGCGAUACCUGAAACAAUUCUUCUGUCUAUUGAGAUUUUUUGGUUAA